GAAGAGGAAGCUUUGCGUGGCAUUGGCUUAGAUCUCUGGCCGCGGCUGCGACGCAUCGCAGUGGAAGUGCAUGGCAGCGAUGCGCUGCGGAAGCUCAAGGAGCUGAUUCCGGAGCACUUCAAAGGAGAUCUCUGGGACUGCGCACAGGAGCUGAUUCCAGAUCACUUCAUGCUCUAUGGAUCGACUUCCAACGAUGAGGUGUUGGCCUGCGUCCGAAAAGAGCCGUCCUUGGCGGAACUGACUGAGCCUUUCCUGCUGCUGCUGCCGUCUUGGACCGUGGGCAAGGCUUUUUUCCGACACUUCCUGUCCUCCCUGGCCAAAUUGAAGGCCAAGACUGGUGAGGAGCAGGCUGCUGAAGUGUUUUACCUCUGUCGGAGGGGUGCCAAAGGACGUCCGGAAAAGUAUGGUUUCCACCAUGUGGAGGGUGCCGGCAUGGCGCGAUGUCCCUUCUUUGGCUUGUGGAUCUGUGGUGGAUUUGGGGAGGCCACCGAGCGUGUGGCUGCUGCAGCGCGACGGAGGAAAGCCGAAGGUUUCUGGGACGAUCAGUGGCGACUCGACAGAGCCUGGUAUGGCUGCCGGCCCUACGAGGCACUGACGGAUGGACGGAUGGCGGUGCGUUGGGAGGAUGGCACCCAAAGUGACCUGAAGCCCAACGAGUUGCGUGGCGGUUUGUUGCUUUUCCGUGACCUCUCGCAGCUGGAAAAGGCAAAGUUGCUGCGAUCGGCGGAGGAGCUGAAGAAACGCCAGGAGCUGAAUCCCAAGCAAAAGCUUCGACUGGAACGUAUCAGAGAGGCUCUGAAGAGGAAACGCCAAGCAAUGCCCCGGCAGCGCAAGGAUACGCGUCACUACGUUCGAGCCGAAGGUGACGCCUCCGCAUCAGCGCUGGAACGUCUGUCGCCACUUCUUUUCGGAACGCGGCUGCUCUCGCGGCGACAAAUGUCGCUUCGAGCAUACGACCAGUCCUGCAAAAUGGAUGGAAUCAAAAAGUGGUUGAAGCAUCCUGAGAGGAACCUAAAGAAGCUUCUCGCCAAGAGUGACGGCUUGGUGAAGAUCACAAAUUUGUUGCCACCAUUCGUGGCAGAUGCUGUGCUGCAACGUCUACCGCAACUGGAUGCCUGGGAGCGAGCAGGUGAAGGUGAUCGAGACGAUGUGGGCUAUGAGGAUCGGGUGAAGCAUCGAUUCUCCAUCGCGGAUGUGGAGGGAGAUGAACUUCUACUCGGAGCUGCGCGCGUCCUUGCGAAAAUGCUCCCUGGCACCUUGCCCAACUUCUCCGCCGCCUGCUACCGCGGCCGGGACCACAUUGCACCCCACACAGAUGAGGUGCCCGAGGCCUACAGCGCAGCGGAGCUCCAACGCUUGCGCGCUGCCUAUGCCGCCAAGAACCUGCGCCGCGCUGCGGCGCGGUGGCGGGCGACAGAGGCAACGACAGCCGAGGCGGUGGAGGAACGGCUGGAAGCCGCCUUGCAGUCCGGCGACCUCCAGAAAGUUCGCGCUGCUGUGGCGCAGCGCCAGGAAACUGGGAGUGAAAAAGCCACCACACCCUGGACGCGAUGGGUCGCAGAAGCCUAUUACCUAAACAAGGAGUGGAAGGCAACAGCAGGUGGCCAAUUUGUGGACAUGGCCGCCUCCAAACACGUGCUGCAUUCCCCGGACUUCAACACCUUGGUGGCCUUUGAAGUGCCCCGUCUCCACGCCGUGCGCGCCCUCCGCGGUCGACGGCCACGCUACUCGCUCUUCGGCUGGUGGCUGCGGCCGGGUGCGCGUGCCAAGGGCGCCAAGAGUGCCAAGAGCAUGGCAAGACCAGCGGCAAAGGGGCGGAAGGCGGUGAAAAAAUUGCAAGUGGAUGGAUGGGGGUAG